AUGGCUGGUUAUAUACAGUAAGAAUAGUUUACAGUAACAGGUGCAUUUCCAUUGGCAGUGAAGCGUGGACAAAUAUGUAAACAAUCACAGUUUAAGGCAGCUACCGUGUCUUUACAGUAAUUGCCCUAUUCUAUUGAUACCCAUACCUUAACCCAAUUUCUAACUGCGCCACAAAGCUUAUCUACUUCUACACAGGCCAAAAAUCUGAGGCCUAGCAGGCCCAAAUCUGAGGCCCAGUUUGGGAUAGCUCAAAUCUCAUUCCACAGCACAUUAUGCCCAUGAUCUCUAAGAAAUUCGGUUACAGAAAAGCAUGCAGUUUAAUGUUUGCUAAAAAUAAAUGCUUGAGAGAGAAAGAAAAAUCACUGUCUUAAUGAGAAGUGCACUGUUCAUUAGUAAUAAUAACAGUAAUAAUAAUAUAAUUAUUCUAUAAUAGUUGUUGAAUAAUAGUUGUAUUGUGCCUGUCUUUCCAUCCCAGGGCUCCAUGGAAUUCUGGUGAUCCCUGUUGCUCACACUUGUCACCAUGCUGGCAGAAGGCAUCCUAACCAGGCUCAUCUAUAAAGAAAUCUGUCAUCACGAUAAGCCUUGCAAAUCUCCUGCAUCCCAAAAGGCUAAAGAGGGAAUCUGGAAACAGAAACUUGUAGGUAUCCCAAAAAUUACAGGCUUUGCUGAUGGAUGUGAGAAGUGGGAGGAGCUCUUCGCCAGGAGCAGCAAAGUUGAAGCUGGGAGCAGCCCUCAAUGGGAAUCCAUAGAAAAGGAGCCUGCAAAAGAUCAGGAAAUGCUGGUUAAAAGAACUGCAUCCCCAGCUUUACAUAUCCCCAAGAGAGGAGGAAGCCUAGACCAGGUGUAUUUGUACAGAUCCUGGCCAUGCAACAGCACUUACCAGAACUAUCCUGACCAGCAGAUUGGGGGGGACCAUGUGGGGGGCACACGUGAUUUGGGCUGUGUCCUGGACCAUGUGUGUGAUGAAAUUCCUGAUGGCCCCGUCCUGCUCUCCACUGAUAUUCCCCUGGGUCAGUCCCCUCUGUGUGAGCAACCCGAAAAGCCCAGUGGGAUGUCCCUGCCUGGAGAUGAAGCUGCAGAAAGGAGCCUCGUGCUCAGUCACGAGCCCUUUUCCAACUCCAUGCUCAACAAGUACAUGGAAGCCAAAGUGGCAGAGCUCUACAAACAGUUUUUUGAAGAAAACCUGUCCAGGUGUGGUUCCAUAACAAACCUCGUCACCUGCAGCUGGAUAAGGAACAGCCUGGACCAGAUAAGUGUUCAGAUCUCCCAGGAGAAGAACAUAGAAACCUCCAAAGCCAGAGGAGCCCUCUUGCACUCAUUGGCUUUGUUCAGCUCCCGCAACGCUCCCAACAGGAACAGCUCUGAGUUCAGCACCCCAAACCUCCAAAUCUCCAAUGCAGUGAGUGCAAAAUAGAGCUUCAGGAUGGAAUUCACAUCCUGACUGAGCUGCUUGGCUCAGUAGAGGGAUGGGAUUCAGGUAUGAAUGUUUCACUCUAAGGAUUAGGUUGGGAAAUGGAAACAUUUGCACGCUACACUUGUUCUAAAUAAUAUUUUAAGUCUUAAACUCCUUUGGUAGCAGGGGAAGUAAAGGUCACUGUUUUCUGUUUUCUAACGGAGAAAUUGAAAUCAAUUUCUCUCCAAAAUACUGGUUAAUCAUGUUUUUAUAAUAUAGAUGGAAUCAUAGAACUGUUAGAGUUGGAAAUGACCACUAACAUCAUCAAGUCCAACCAUCAACCCAGCACAACUAAAUCAUGUCCUCAAGUGCUACAUCCACGCAUAAAAGAAUUGUCUGCAAAAUAAGCAAGCAAAGGUGACUGCAGCAUUCCUGAAAAAAAUAGUGCAAGAUUCCUGCAUCUUCAUUUGGAAAUUUAAAUGCGAAUUUUUGUAUGGAAAUACUGUUGAUUAGCUCUCAAACACAUUUUCUCCCCUUGCUCUUGCUUCUCAGCAAAUAUUUCAGAUGGAAAUUAUUCAUUAUGUCACCACUG